AUGUGGAAGGCUGUAGAGCGUGCACUUGGUCCAGGUUUCGACCGUGGCAAGUGUGAGGUCAAGUUAGUCGGGACACCAUUGACGCAUCAAAGAUUUCUUCGAAGGAAUCGAGGAACUUAUGGUCCUGCUAUAAAAGCGGGUAAAGACUCGUUUCCUGGACAUUCAACUCCAAUCGCACAAUUCUAUUGCUGCGGCGAUUCAACAUUCCCCGGCAUCGGUGUCCCUGCUGUUGCUGCCAGUGGUGCCAUUGUGGCUAAUUCACUAGUUUCUGUGUCUCAACACUCGGAGCUUCUUGAUGCAGUCGGAAUAUAA